AUGGCCACAUUCAACCCGCUUCCUCCUCCUGAGCAGCACGAAGAUAAAAAAAGACUUCAACGAUCUCGAGUCGAACUUCUUAGCUCGAUAUAUCAGCUACAGAGGACGGGAGAUGUCGAUUUGGAUAUCAUUCGAGCGAAAAGAGUUCAGUAUAAUAGCAUUGUAGAUUCUAUCGACAAAUUAACGCCUAAAAUCUGCUCGGAUCCCAUCGAUAAGCUCCCUCCCGAACUGUUCGCCGGGAUCAUUCGCAAAGUUGUGGCUGUCAAGGUCGGACAUGAUCCUUGGUACCCCCUAGAUCGUUCGUUGAAUCUCGUUACUUUGUUCUCUUUCACGCUAGUAUCUCAAAGGUGGAUGAAGUUCAUUACCGAGACUCCCACCUACUGGACCUUCAUCGCCCUUAACGACAUCGUGGCCGACAGUUUCGCAGAAGCGUGGACAUGUUUACAUCUCUCUCGACAGCUACCAAUCACCGUUCAUCUUGUGCAUUCCGUUGGGGUGGAAAGGUCGGAAGUCUGGCAGGAACUAUUGAAACAUCGCCACAGAAUCGUUCGCUUCAUCGAUGCUAGUUACCCUGAUAAGCACACAAUCGACUUGAAUAAAAGGUUUCGGGACUGUAUGCGAUACCUGUCUCCUCUUCCUGCCCUAGAGAGUCUGGAUUAUAGGGGCGGUAGCCCUAAUGACAGUUCACCCAUUCAAUACGUCUUGGAUACUUUUCCAAAGUUACGGGACUUGGGUGGCUUCAUAAUGACAAAGGAACAUACUCAGUCCUUGAUGUCCCGCAAUUGCAAGCGUAUUAAUUUUCAAGGCGAGAG